UAUCCCUCUUCCCCUUAAAGAAACCAGCAUAAUAAAAGACAUAACAUGGAUCCCCCUCCAUCCUCUCAAUAUCAAUUUCAAGAUGAUUCUCAAGACGAAUCUCAAGACGAGCCUCAAAUUAUUCCCCCUCCAUCCUCCCAAUCCCACUUUGACAAAUUCCAAAACUUCACGCCCAGCCACGACGCGCCCUUCGACAAGGAAUUUGCCCGCCUCGCCUUAUCCCAGCAAUGGAUCCCCGGCUCCCAGCAAUACACAAAGCAGCGCACCAUCGCCAUGCGCGAAGAGCUCAAGACGCACUACUUCUCCUCCCAAAAACCCAACAGCACCCAGGAAGAAGAACAAGAGCUCACGGAAGAAGAAAUCCUGCAGGGCUACCAGGACCUGUGCGUCGAGGUUGGCAUUCCGCCAUGUAUCACUGCUGCUGAAUGCAAGGACAACCUCAAGAAGAAGCUUGUUAAUAUUAUUGAUUUGAUUGAUGCAAGACGCACGAAUAAAAAGGUGAGGGUGUGGCGCGACUUUCAGGCGUUUCGGAAAUAUACCCUUCAAAAGGAACACAGAAUCAGCGUCGACGAGGCGAAAAGGAUGGUGGGUAUCUUGCGUCUCUGCUGCAGCAUUUGCGACAUCCGCGGGACCAAAGAAGAGCCAAAAUGAAGAAGGCGGGUAUGAGUCGGAGGGGGUGAAAUAUGUGAGAAAUACUGUUGUAUUGAUUAUUUCAAUGAUGCCACCAAGGCUGUUCAAUUGAGAUGCUGUCUUAGACGCAUCGCUACUACUAUAAUGAGUCCAUGAUGUCCUUAGAAGGAUAUGAAAUGUUGUUAUAAUAAUUACAAAGUUACACUGCUA